GACUGAUAGCUGUUCGAACCAUAUUAUUUUCAGCCUGGAAUAUCCCUUUAAUUAUCACAUCCCUUUCCUUCAAUUUAAUCGCCCCUGGCCCUAGGCCUAGCCAGGUUAGGGGGGGGGGGUUAAUAUUAACCAUCACAGGCCAUGCAGUGACGCCAUAUCACAUCUCUAUGGUCAUCACCAACGAACUAUACAUCUCUAUGUAUAGGCGGUCGUGACGGAGCUUCUCGAGUACACUAUUUGGAAGUGGCCCAUGAAGUUUGAGUUAUUUCAAGCAAGAUGUUUGAUCAGUUUAAAGAGAAGAUUCACUCUGUUCAGCUUGAUUUGAAUGCUGGUUUGAAGUCACUGAGUGAGAAGGCCAGAGAAGUUGGACGAUCAAAGAAACUGCCUGGUGAAUUGCAUGUUCUUGACAGCAAAACAGCAGACCUUGCAUCUCUUAAACCAGAAUGUGUUGAUGCUGGCGAUGAAAUCCUCAACAGGUUUCAACAGAUGUGGACUCAGCUACAUGUCAAUAUUGAAUUCUCUGCAGAAAAAGCUACGAAAAAUGACAAGGUUGUCUUAGAGUUGGUAGAGCAUCAUGACAAACAGGUCCAGGUCUGGAAACAGUUCCAGACUAGACUUCAAGAAGUGCCAGGCAUGGUCGCACAGAUCCAGAAUCUAGCAGUAACAUUAGGUAAAUUGGAAGCUAAUUUUGAGGAAAUAGAGAGCAUGCUGGAGAGUCUUGAAGAUACAUGUGAGGAGGAGGAGUUGCUAGGCAACAAGAAGAUACAGCUGGCAGAAUUCAUGAAAUACAAGGAGCAAAAAUCAAAAGAGAGGUUACAGAGAAGAGAUCGUCUGCUGGAUGAAUACAACCAGAAGUUCCGUCGACUGGAAGACCGGGAAGAUGCCAAGAAGAAGGAGAGACAGAAAGCCUUCCAAGAAGUCUUUGCUGCUGACAUGGCCCAUUACAAGACUCAUGGGAAAAUGUCAGCUCCAGUGACCCAAUCCUCUCAGGAAUUGGAGAACAGACUGGAUGAAUUUGAGAUAACCGUCGAUAGGGAUGACCAACUAGCUCUGGACGACUUCCUGGGACCUGACGAAGAGGACGAGGAAGUCAGUAGGAGCUCGAGCAGAAAAAGAGUACCAGUGACAAAGGAUGAAGAGAGUAAUGAUGGUGAUGAUGAGGAUGAAGAGGAGGAUGCAGCUAAAGUGGAAGGCACUGCCUCAUUGGACAGGAGAGAAGAGAGGAUAGGACAGAGUGGAGAAGAUGAGAAACUAAAAGAGGAGUCCAAAGGAAGUGAUUCUGUGAAUUCAAAGGUCGCAGAAACCAAAGAUGAAGCCAAUUUAAAUGAAGAACAAACACAUAUAGAGGGUGAAGGAGAAGACUCCUCAGAAAACUCACAGGAUAAGCAACAACAUCUAGAGAAUGCUUCUACCAGAAACGGCCUCAAGGAGGAAGAAGAGGAGGAGGAGGAAGAAGAUGAGUUUGGAACCCCUGAUGAAGAUGCAGAUGAAUCAACAUCAAAAUCAUAGCAGAUCACUGGAUUCUGCAUGGAUGAUAGUCCCACCGCUCUGUGUUGAAGGCAGAGAUUUGUCAGUUUCCAAGAGAUUAUUUUAUGAUUUGCUGACACAAGAUUUGAUGGAAAGCUCUUGAAAAUCCUGUAAUAGAGCUACUACAUCUCUGAUGCUCGGGUAAAUUUGCAGUCCGAGUCUAAACAUUCUUUGGUAGUGAGACAGUGACUAUGUGAGCCAAUGAGUUGAUUAUUAAGGUUGGUUAGUCAUAACCCAGAUUUUACUGCGGGUGAUGGGCAACCCAUGAUACUUUUUAAUAUAACACUCAUGAAAGGAGUUGUCUGACAGUUUCCAUAGUAAUGUUGCUUCUCAGCCAAUAAGAAUCAAGGAAAGUUGUCAGAUAUGGCAACUUGUCAGGGGAAAAUAUUGAUGAAACACCCAGGUCUCACUGGGUGAUAUUCUGAUUAUUAGACCUAGGUUUAUCCCGAGUGUGAAAUGCUAGGCUUCAAAUUAUUUCUUCCAUAUUUGUAGCAAAUAUAAUGUAUCAAUUCUUUAAAAUAAAUUAUAUAUUUGAAUUUUGCUAUUCUUUCCAUUUCCCGACUCAUAAUUAAUUUUUUGGCAACUUUUUGCAGCAGGUUUAGAACGAUUUUAAUUGGUGAAUAAGUUGACAACUGGCAUUCCAUAAACGUUUGGUCUAAAUUAACCCAGGUUUAACUAAACCAUGGCUAUUAGAAUCCCACCCAGUGGGUUUUAAAACACCUGGUGUGAAGGUAAUUGCUACUGUCAGGUCAAGGGCCCAUCACAGAAAGAGUUCGCGUUUAAAUGAAAAAAAAAUCAAGCACAAGUCCUGAAUAUGUGUGUAUCAUUGGUUGAAAAUGAAGUUGUGUUUGAUUUUUUGAGUUGUGUUUCAUCGAAACUCUUUCUGCAACAAGCCCCUGACAAUAAACCUAAUUAUUUAUUGUUUUAAUAGCUAAAGACAGAUAUCUGGUCUUGGACAUAUAUUGUAUAACCAUCGUGGAUGAUAUUCUGAUAGUCAUGGUUUAGUUAAUCCUGGAUUAACUUAGACCUUACUUUUAUGGAUUGCCAGUUGUCAACUCAUCAACCCAUUAAAAAUUAUUCUUAUCCCACUGCAAAAGUUGAAAAAACAAUAAUAAUAAUUGAGUCGUGAAAUGGGUAGAAUGAUAAUUGUCACAAGAAUGGAAGAAAUAAUAUGAAGCCCAGCAUUCCAUAGAAGUGCGAUUUAAAACUCUUAAACCUAGGUUUAAUUAUCGGAAUAUCACCCCCUGUGUUUAACUUGGCCUUGGGCAAAAAAAAUGGAAAGAUGGUAGCUAGAAUUACCACACUGGUGUGUGAGAGCCUUGACCAAUUCUGAUUAUUUGUUGAAAGGAAACAAUAAUUUUCUGUCUUUUGUGACCAAUGAAAUUGAAAUAUAUCAUCAGAAGUUCAUUCAAAUUUGAUAUUUUUUAAAGUCAUAUGAUAUACAUAUAAUCUUCUGUCAUUGUAAAUUGAAAUUACUGUGAGGAAGUGUUUGAUAUCAAUGCUGAUGAGAAUGUAUUUGGAUUAUUGGUGCUGCAUUAAUGACUAUGCACCUCAUUUAUUUAGUAUCAGCAAUUAAAUGUAUUUGAGUGCAAUCGUGAACUGAACUGUGACCUAACAUGUAUACUGCCCUAUUUGACUAAAGGAAGCAAGAAAUAAUGUAUUUCCUGUAAUACAUAAAAAUCCAAAUGUGUUAGUCAUUUUAAAUACAUAAAUGCCAAUGGAUUGGUGGUUUAACAUGAUGGUUAAUCAACCAUAUCUCAUAGCAGAUUGUGUGUUUUUCAAUGAAGUGGAAAAAAAAUAUAUUAGAAUAUGAAAACAUCAAAAUUUAAAUUUGGUUUUCAUGUCACUUGCUUCCUUUUGUGUGUCAAUGCAGGGCAAUAUAGAUGAGGGCCUUUGAAACCACAUUGUUUAUUAUGAUGACACAAAGUGUUCUUCUAAAUGUUGUUUGCUUUCUGCAAGAAGGUUGUUAGUUUAAUGUUUUAUCUAUGGCAGUAUGUUUAGUGGUCAAUUUACAUUUGAGGAGGCGCGAUAGCCCAGUCGGUAGAGCGUGGGUUUUGGAUCCCGUUGACCUGGGUUCGAUUCCCACUUGAUGCGCUAGUGCCCUUUGGUAAUGCAUUAAUCCUCAUAACCAGGUCCCUUGAAGAGGACCUUAAGCCGUCGGUCCUCUGGUUGCUUGCUUACAAGCAUUCAUGCUUUCUUAGCAAUCGGGUAAAAAAAACACAAUUUUACAUGUAUUUUCAUUUUUGUAAACACAUCAUUUCUUUUGGAAUGUUAAAGGCUUGCUGGGGAAGUUUCAUGAUAUCGAAAAUACAAUUUAUGACUUUCACCCAGUAUUAGAUCGCUUUGAUCGAUCUGAUCUUAUUUACUGGGUGAAAGCCAUAAAUUGAAUUUUCAACAUCAUUUUAUUUGGAUGAAAUUAAACUUUGAGUGAAUAUCUUUGCCCGAUAUUGGUUGACCACUAGGUCAAUGAUAUGGUUAUCAUGUAAUUCUGAAUUCAUUUUGAUAAGUUGGUUUGGUAAUAACUUCAUAAAUUGAAUUUAUGAACGAUAUUUGUAAAAAUUUCUUUUUUAUUUUGAGAAACGCAACCGUAAUUAACCUUUCCUAUUUCUUAUUGUAAUUGUGAACUUUUGCACCUCUCCAAAUCUCUACU